AUGUCCCUGAUGAAGCUGUGCGCCUAUAUUCUCGGAUGCGUGACCGUCGGACAACUGACUGAAGCUAUGGUUCUCCAAGAGGGAAAAGCCCCAGGAUACCCAUCGAACCAGCUAUACGGUCCCGUGUCUCCCAAUAACGAUUGCCCAACGGUGGACGGCAUUAAGCAGUACCCCGCUAAAUAUUACAAG